UAAGCGCGCGCAUCUUCCUCCUCGCGGUUGGGUAUAUAAAAGUCCUCGUAGUGCCCUUGAGAUGUUUUUAGUGCUCGCUGGUGCGGCACUUAACGUGCUUAACCGGUUUCACGUGUGUAAGUUUCCUACUUGCAUUAAACUCGGACAGUCCAAACUGUCUUCCUCUGCAGAAAUAUCAUGAAGUGCUUGUUCGUUAUCCUCUUGAGCGUCGCUGUCGUGCUCGCCGAUGACAAUCUCACCGGCGAAGAACAUGAAGUCAUCGCUCCGAUUGGAAGAAUUCGCGGUUCCAUCAUCACCUCCAGAUUAGGCAAAAAAAUCUAUUCUUUCCGCGGUGUGAGAUACGCCGAACCGCCGACUGGACAGCAACGUUUUCAAGUCGCAAUUCCAGCGGCAGAUUGGAAUGAUGUUUUCGAUGCGACUAAAGAAGGCCCUGCCUGUCCAGCAUUAUUCGAACAGAAUAUAAUGGAGGAUUGUCUCCGCGUGAACGUAUAUACAACGAAAUUACCGUCGGAGAACGAUCCAGUGAAAAGACCCGUACUAGUAUUCUUCCAUCCCGGUGGUUUUUACUUAUUCUCGGGCCAAAGUUCUAACUUCGGACCUCAGUACUUACUGGACAAAGACAUCGUUCUUGUCACCGUCAAUUACCGUCUCGCGUCACUAGGCUUUCUGAGCACGGGCGAUUCGAAGGCACCAGGUAAUGUCGGACUGAAGGAUCAAGUUGUAGCGCUUCGAUGGGUUCAAAGGAACAUAGCUGUCUUUGGUGGUGAUCCCGAUAGCGUUACUAUAUCCGGCUAUAGCGUUGGUGGAAUAAGCGUGUUAUUACACAUGGUUUCACCAAUGUCCAAAGGAUUGUUCCAUCGGGCGAUCAUGAUGAGCGGCUCGAUGAUGAUAGAACCGUAUCCGACUGAACAGCUGCACGUGGCGAAGAAGCAAGCCGAAUUGUUAGACUGUCCAACCGAUACCACUGGCUCUAUGCUGAUCUGCUUGAAUUCCAAACCAGUGGAGAACUUUACAGACACCAUACGCAAUUUCUUUGAGUGGUAUGGUCAUCCAAUCAUGAUAUGGACACCUGUAGUGGAAUCUGAGGUUCACGGCGUGGAAAGAUUCCUGCCCGAACAGCCCAUUGAUUUAAUUAGGAAAGGCAAAUUCCACAAGGUUCCGUUGAUUGCAGGAGUUACUAAAAACGAGUUUGACGGUGUAGUCGCUUACGUUAAUCAGCAACAUCAACUCGGGAAUGAUUCGAUGGUAAACGAUUUGAACAAAGACUGGUAUAGACUCGCACCGAUUAAUUUCAUGUACGAACGGGAUACACCUCAAUCCAAAAACAUAAGUACUGAACUGCGCCAAUUUUAUUUUGGCGACCAACCGAUCGGUCCAGACACUUACGAUGGUCUCGCACAUAUCAAUAGCGACAGCAUAGUUAUAUUUCCAUUGCAUCGUGCUGUAAAAUUGAUCGCAGAAAACACCGACCAACCUAUUUACUUUUAUAUGUCUUCCUACGUAGGACGAUACAGUUUUGUUAUGUGGAACGAAACUACACCAAAUGGAGUGGCACAUCAUGAUGAUUUGCAAUAUCUGUUCUUUAUGAAAGUCAAAUUCCCAUUCCUCCAAAAUGAUGAUCCGGAAAUUCCUAUAAUGGAACUUAUGACAAGCAUGUGGUCGAACUUUGUUCAAACCGGACAGCCGGUGUCUCCAGCUUUAGCGGAGAAUGUUACAUGGGAUCCAUAUCUACUAGAAAAAGAUAACUAUCUGGAUAUCACUGAAGAACCAAAAAUGAAGACAGGGCUUUAUCCUGACAGAAUGCAAAAAUGGGAUAGUUUGUUUCCUUUAAAUCCAAAAUAGAAAUCAGUUCAAAAUCGAUUUUACAACGUGUAAUAGAUAUGUUGACUUGCUUACGUACGUCAUUAUAAGUAAAAGAAACAUGCAUCAAUUCUAUUACUCAAUAAAUGCAAAUACAUUUCUAUA